AUGGCGAACGACGAGAACGCAGGAUUCAAUCACUCAGUAAAUUCUCCAUUUCACCGUUUCAUUCGUCCACCACCAGCACCGCCACAGCCACGGAUGCCACCAAUCAAUUCACCACCAAUUGUGGUCCAACCCGGAGCAGAGAUUGCCGCUCCAGCCGCUCCAGCACCGCCAAGGAUGCUCUCACCGCCGAAUGUCGGACAUCCCGGAGCAGAGAUUGCCGCUCCAGCCGCUCCAGCACCGCCAAGGAUGCUCUCACCGCCGAAUUUCGGACAACCCGGAGCAGAUCUUGUCGCUCCAGCCGCUCCAGCACCGCCACGAAUGCUCUCACCGCCAAUUUUGGUCCAACCCGGAGAAGAGAUUGUCGCACCAGCGCCGCCAUUGAAUUCUGUUGAGAACUCUCAAUCGACUUCCGAUGAAUUCAAAAGUCGAAAGGAGACUCGUAAAUACUGUAGUCAUUGCAAGAAGCAUGUCGAUUCUUACGACGACCACAUCAAAGAGUGCCACCCGUAA